AUGUCUGAAGAGCCGAAGGAAUUAACUCUCUUUGAGAAGAUUGCGAACCAUACCAUACCUUCUGAUAUGGUUUACGAGGAUGAUCUGUGCUGUGCCUUCAAGGAUAUCAAUCCUUGUGCCCCUGUUCAUAUCAUCGUUGUCCCCAAGGUUUGCGAUGGUCUUACUCAAUUGCGUUACAUGCGUGAGGACCAGGAGCAGCUCGUUGGCCAUCUGAUGCGUGUUGUGGGUAUUGUUGCUAUGCAGCAGCAUUUGGAGCCUGGCUACCGUGUUGUUAUCAACGAUGGCCCCGAUGCGCAGCAAACCGUUCUUCACUUGCACAUUCAUGUAAUCGGUGGAAAGAAGUGUGGCUGGCCUCCAGUUUAA